AUGACGACACACCUUCACGGCAGCUCCACCAGGGGCCCAGGGACGAUCGCCCGCUGCAUCGCAACCCUGAGCAGCUUCGGGCCUAGCAGCAGCAGCAGCAGCAGCAGCAGCAGCAGCAGCAGCAGGAGCAGCAGCAGGGCCGAGCCCGAUGCCAUUGAACUGCACGAGUGGAAAUCUACAUCCGCCCCGACGAGGCAAUCCCCCAGCAGAACUACAACAGAAGAUGAACAGGAGCAGCCGGCGAGCAACCCCACCAAAACACCACCUUCUCUGGGUCAACGCGGUACUCAUCUCUUGCGGUGGAUACGGGGUACCAACGCCGGCGGGUGGUGGGGGCCCCUAUUGCUGCUGCUGCUGCUGCUGCUAGUUGAUUCUCUCUCCCCCUCAGCAGCAGAAUCUACAGUAUCUGAGACCCUGCAACAAACCCUGAGGGGUGUAUGGUUCGAAACAGAGGGGCCCCCUCAAGGAGAGGGCUAUAAACUACCGGCGGGGCCCCCCGAAGUCAAGCAAGAGGGGGCCCCCGAAGCGGAGGAGGGGGCCCCCCAGGACCCCCAGGGCCCCCAGGGCCCCCAGGGUCCCCAAGAGGAGCAAGAGGGUUCGUUUGGCUGGGGUGGGGCCCCCUUUCGUCGUCUGAGUAGUUUGUCUGGGUGGGCCGCGGAUGUCGAGGCCUCGCUGCGGCUGAGUCCGCGGCUGAGUCUAUACUUAGGGGUAUUCUUAACCCUCUCUGGCUCUCUGCUGAUGGCGGGGGGAGGGACCCUCAUGAAGCUCGGCCUGAGCGUUGACGAUGCAGACGCCAUGCAGGGACAGUCCUGUGACCAGCAGUGGCUCUGGGGCUUCGCAGCUUACGUCGUUGGGGCUUGCAUGCACGUGGUGGCUCUUGGCUUUGCUCCCGCUAGUGUUCUCUCUCCUAUGAACUCCAUUGGCCUCAUAGCCAACGCUAUCGCGUCAGCGGUGGGUCUUUCGCCAGCUAGCUAG